AUGGUUUCUCCUGAGAUAUCACCAACGCAAAAGACCUUUGCAGGUCUCCAUGGCCGAAAGUUGGGUCUUUUAGUCUCGACGAUUGCCACAACUGGAUUCUUGCUGUUUGGAUAUGAUCAAGGUGUUAUGUCCGGAAUUAUCGACGCAGACCCUUUCAAUGCCUAUUUCCCUGAAACCAAAAACGACAGUGUUUACCAAGGUUUCGUUACAGCUAUCUACGAAAUCGGAUGUCUCAUUGGUGCUAUUUUCAUCUUGUGGUAUGGAGACUCAACUGGCCGAAGAAGAGCUAUGAUGCUUGGUGGAGUCAUUAUGAUUAUCGGAGUUGUUAUUCAAAUCACUGCUAUCAAAGGUUCCAAUGCGACUGCUCAGUUCAUUAUUGGUAGAACAAUCACUGGUAUCGGAAACGGAAUCAACACAUCAACCAUUCCAACAUAUCAGGCAGAAUGUAGUCGCUCCACCAAUCGUGGUUUACUCAUCUGUAUUGAAGGAGGUGUCAUUGCUUUUGGUACUAUGAUUGCUUACUGGAUUGACUACGGUGCUUCUUAUGGUCCAGACAACCUUACCUGGCGUUUCCCCAUUGCUUUCCAGGUUUUCUUCGGUCUUAUUUUGAUCAUCGGAACUUACUUCCUCCCAGAGUCUCCAAGAUGGCUUCUAGCUAAAGAACGCCACGAGGAAGGUCUCGAUGUCAUUGCCGCUCUCUCUGGUCUCGAAAAUAACGAUCCACAAGUUCAAUUGGAAAAGACCAUUAUUAUGGAUAGUAUCAUGGCAUCCGGAGCCGCUACCAAGACACCUUUCUCCGCUCUCUUCACUGGAGGCAAAACCCAACAUUUUCGCCGUAUGCUUCUCGGAUCCUCAUCGCAAUUUUUCCAACAACUUGGUGGAUGUAAUGCAGUUAUUUACUAUUUCCCAAUUCUCUUCCAGAAGUCUAUUGGUACCUCGAAAAACUUGGCUCUUCUCCUUGGUGGUGUUAACAUGAUUGUUUACUCCAUUUUUGCUACCGUAUCUUGGUUCAUUAUUGAGAAAGCCGGUCGCCGCAAGUUGUUCAUCAUCGGAACUAUCGGACAGUGUCUUUCCAUGGUUCUAGUAUUCGCUUGUCUUAUCCCAGACCACGGAAAGGGUCCAUCCGCCAAGGGUGCAGGUGUUGGUCUUUUCACUUACAUUGCUUUCUUCGGUGCCACCUGGUUGCCACUACCAUGGUUGUACCCAGCUGAAAUCAACCCUCUCCGCACUCGUGCCAGAGCUAACGCCGUCUCAACCUGUUCUAACUGGCUUUUCAACUUUACCAUUGUCAUGGUUACUCCAAUUAUGAUUGCCAAUAUCUCCUGGGGUACAUACCUCUUCUUCGCCGUUGUCAACGCUUGUUUCAUUCCCAUCAUUUACUUCUUCUACCCAGAAACUAAGCGCAGAUCUCUCGAGGAAAUCGAUAUUAUCUUCGCAAAGGGAUACACCGAGAACAUCUCCUAUGUCAAGGCUUCUCAGGAUUUGCCAUACUUGUCCCCAGCCGAAGUUGAGCAGAUGGCAAGACAUUAUGGUUUCGAGACCGCAGAUGUCGAGAGCAGAAGCACAAGUGAUGCUGAGAAAGAGAAGCCCGAGUGGGAGAGACGGGAAAGACAAAGUCGCAGUGAUGCAGACGACGUUACAUCUGUUCCUCAAGCUCAUCACCGUGGAAAUGCUGCCCAUGAUGGAUUCAGAAAUGAUUAA